AUGGCCGCACGCAGUCUGGAACCCGCGGAAGCUGGAGUUCCUGAAGAGAAGGGCGCCCCCGAGCACGACGAGCAACAUUCCCGACCCAGCGAGGAUACCGACUCCCAAGCCUGGGAGCCUUUCGAUGACGACUUCGCCGAUCCCCCGGACGCGAGCUUACACGGCGACAGAGUCGGAAACGACGGCGACCUCGACCUCGACCUAGAGGACGGCUGGGUACGCAACCCCAACAACCCGGCAGAGAUGUCGCGAUGGACGGGCCAGCCCUCGAUCAAGGGCUCGUCAGAUGCAAUGCGCAUGAUCUUGCUCAACUUCUGCACGCUGGGUAUCACCUUUACAUGGGGAGUUGAGAUGACUUAUUGCACGCCCUACCUUUUGAGCCUCGGCUUGACCAAGAGUAAAACGUCUCUGGUAUGGAUUGCUGGACCAUUGUCCGGCCUCCUUGUUCAACCCAUCGUGGGUGCGAUCGCCGACGAGUCGAAAUCAAAAUGGGGCCGCCGGAGACCUUUCAUAGCCAUUGGGGCGGUAAUCGUGGCCCUGAGUCUUCUGCUACUGGGUUUCACGAAGGAGGUCGUGGGGCUCUUCAUUACCGACGAGGACACCUUGAAGACCCUGACGAUAUUGGUUGCCGUGCUAGCCAUCUAUGCGGUGGACUUUUCUAUCAAUGCAGUCAUGUCUGCGGCGAGGAGUCUCUUGGUGGACGUGUUACCCAUAUCAAAGCAGCAGGAUGGCGCAGCCUGGAAUAGCAGGAUGUCCGCCAUUGGCCACAUGAUUGGGUAUGCUGCAGGCGCCGUCGACUUGGGCUCGAUCUUUGGCAACUUCCUAGGUGAUACGCAGUUCAAGAAACUGACUGUAGUCGCUGCCUUUGGCAUACUCUCUUCUUCUCUAGUCACCUCCUGGGCUGUAACGGAAAGGAUUCUCGUCGACAUACGGAAAGACCCCCGUCAAGCAGGCGGGAAACUCAAGGUACUGCGGCAGAUCUGGUCAACGAUCUUGCACUUGCCGCCGCGCAUCCGUGCUAUUUGCCAUGCACAGUUCUGGGCCUGGAUCGGAUGGUUCCCAUUCCUCUUCUACAGCACAACCUGGGUUGGCGAGACUUACUUUCGAUACGACGUCCCACCGGAUGCUCAAAACUCCAAAGACACGUUGGGAGAGAUGGGUCGCAUCGGCAGUACUUCCUUGGUCAUCUAUUCCGUCAUUACCUUUCUCGGCGCCUGGCUUCUCCCUCUACUAGUCAAGAGCCCCGAGGACGACGGAUUUACCCACCGCCCACCACGGGCGAUCGCAGGCGUUAUGGAGAAGUUCCAGAAGUAUAGACCUGAUCUGUUGACGACCUGGAUGAUUGCACAUGGCAUGUUUGCCUGUGCCAUGUACUUGGCGCCCUUUGCGAAUAGCUUCAGGUUUGCGACUGUGCUAGUCUGUAUUUGCGGACUCCCAUGGACUGUCGCAAUGUGGGCACCGGUGACGUUCCUCGGCAUCGAAGUCAACAGGCUCAGCGGCGCCAACGAAGCUACCGCAUCGUAUCGCCGUCUCUCCAAUGAGUCUGUCGAAAUGUCAAACUUGAACGGCGAUACUGAUGCUUCCCACCUCGAGAACGGAGUCGAUGAGGCCGCGGCGAGCGGUAAGACGAGCUCAACGGGAGAGCUGUCGGGUAUCUACUUUGGUAUCUUGAACAUCUACACGACGAUUCCUCAGUUCAUCGGCACUUUUAUCAGCACCAUUGUCUUCGCCAUCUUUGCCCCCGGCACCAGUCGGGAGCUCCAUGGCGGCUCAGGGGACGACGACAAGCCCCCAGCUGCGGAUGGACCGAAUGCCAUCUCGAUUUGCUUGUUUAUAGGUGCCGUUAGUGCCACUGUCGCGAUAUUUGCGACAAGGAAGCUCAAAUACCUAUAG